GGAAAGCUGUUAUUUUCACCUGAGAGGGCAAUAGAACACACAGCACAAGGAGUGGAGGAGAGCAGGAAAGGAGAGCAGGAAGAACUUUGUCUGUGGGGUUGCUCCUCUCAUUGCCUUCAGUUGACCUCAAGGCUUUGUGGAGCUGGAUUAUGGGACACGGUUAGCUACAGUAUAUGGCCUCUGGCUGAAGCUCUAAGGACUUUAUGGGUGUUUGAGGCUCAGGCCUACUGUGGAUGUCUGGGUACUGAGCCCCUGAGUCAUUGUCUAUGAAUACACUGGCUGUCUGUACUGUAGUGAGUGGGUUCAAGCCAGCUAACCUCAAGGAGGAAGAUGUGGGAGAUGUGCACAGACACAAACAUAUGUCCUACAGAACAUGAAUGAAAAAGAACACUCUUUGAUGCUUCUGAGUGUGAAGUAACACACAGGUUACACUACAGAGAGUUCUGGACGUACCCUCUCUUUCUCUCUCUCACACACACACACACACACACACACACACACACACACACACACACACACACACACACACACACACACACACACACACACACACACACACACACACACACACACACACACACACACACACACACACACACACACACACACACACACACCCUAACACACCCCCUGAGACAUGGAUACUAUGGUGAAGCAGUCUCUGGUGGUGCCCAUGAAGAAGCUGUCCAGCUGUGUGACAGGAGUGAAGGAGAGAGAGGUGUGGGCCAGGCGCAGGGCCAAGAGGGGGACAGGAGGAGUAAAGAGCAGCCCUCCACGGACUGGACAGACCUCCGUCACACGCUCCUACCAAACUGACCUGGAGAAGGAGAGUUGUGUUGAUUCCAGGAUGCUGAGGGAAGCCCUGAAUGCUCAGAAGCAUGCAGAGAGAGCCGCCAUGAGGGAUCACUUCAGGAAGAAGUACCAGCUCUCCAAGAGUUCCAAGGACACCAGCCACUUGAGUGCGGUGCAAGGGAAAGUGGCACUCCCCCGUCAACUGGCUAAACUGAUUGGUCCUGAGACCCCGGCCAAGGACGAUGGCUACAGCCUGCUGAGCGCCUUCCAAGGCCUCAACUUCAACAUGGGGAUGCUUGGAGGCAAGCAGACCAAGUCGUCCACUCCAAUGUCAGUCAACGGAGAGGCCUGCAAAGUCAUGUGAUCAAAGAGAACAUACUAGAUACUACACAGAAUCAACCUGCAACAUGCUAAAAACAUGCAUUAUGCCUAAAUGAUGAAGAAUAACAUUUUAACACAACGUAGUAGCAGAUUGGAGGGAACACAUUGACAGACGACUUUGUCACAGUUGCUCCUCUAUCCCUUUAUCUCCUUAUCUGUCUUUAACUCUCUCUUUCUCUCUCUCUCCCCACCCUUCUCUCUCUCUCUCUCUUCACCCCUUUUCCCUCUUUCUCCCCCCCCUCUUCCUCUCUCUCUCUCUUCCCCCUCUCCCUCUCUCU